CUGCAAAUUAAUGUCAAACACCUCAACUGCUAGCUGUCAUACACAGAUAUACUAUUAUAAGAAGAUGCAGGGGAGAGGGGAUGCACGAACACAACCAUAAUUAAUAACAAAGAGAAUCGUGUGGGAGGGAUUAGAGCAAGAUGAAGGCCGACACCUCCAAGGAAGAAGCUCAAAGCAUGACGAUGAUGCAUUUGCAGUUGCAGAGAUCUCUAAAAUGGCUGGAUGACGUCACCCAUGGCAUCAUUGGUUACGAGCUCGAGUCUCGAAGUCUUGCAGGUCUUCAGGUCAUCGAAGCUCGCACCGGCUUCUUGCGUUGUAACUUCAUCGUCCCCCUUCUUGCUUCCGAUAUAAAUGGAAAUUGGCAUGUCGGCGCCAUAGCAACUAUAAUAGACAAUGUGGGUGGUGCUGCCAUAUAUUCCACCGGUCACCAUUUAAAAGUCACUGUCAAUUUUAACAUUACAUACUAUUCAACAGCUAAGAUUCAGGACGAAGCAGAGAUAGAAGCAAAGGUAAAAGGGAACAAAGGAAAGCUUACAUCUAUGGCGGUGGAGGUUCGAAACAAAUCCAGCGGUGGACAGUUAAUCGCAAGUGCCACUCAGUGGACGGCUGCUAAUGACUAUAGAUCGCCUCAACCCCAAUCUCGAGCUAAGCUUUGAAAAUGGACCGCGUUAUUUGUUUAUUUAUAUUUUAAUUUUUUUUAUAAAGAAUUCUUUUAAAUGUCUCCCAAAUUUGCCUGAAAAUGGUUAUACGAAUUAUGGCCCAAACUUUUUAUAUAUCCAAAAAAAAAGAAAGUUUGGGGAUUAAAAUCGCAAAUAAAAUUUUAUAUUAAUUAAAGUUAUUUCAAAGUAACCCAAUUUAAGUUUGGGCUUUUAAUUAAUUUCAUUAUGAAUAGUAAAACAAAAGAAAGUUUGGGCAUUGAAGUCGAAAUUAUCACCGCCGAAAGAUAUAAGUCCUAUUGAAUAAUACUAAACCCAAAUUACAUCCAACUCAAUUUAACUAGUUUUGACCCAUCAAAAUUCAAUUAAUUCUAUUGAGAGAUUUUUCUUCAA